GGGAGCGAAAGCAUCAACCUCUGCCGCUCUCGGAUCUCAUCUUUGAAAUCCAAACACACCCUUUUGCUCCCUCUGCGUCUCUCUAAUGGAGGCCAUUGAAGGUUUCAUGAUAUCAACUCAAGAGUUUUUCGACAACCUCAUCCACCGCCGCGCCAAAUCUCCACCUAGCCGGAAUCCGAUUGAAAUACUGAAGCGACUGCAAAGAGAGACAUUUUCAGAUUUGAUGAGAUUGAGAGAUAGGCAAGACAAGGUUGAGAGAAUGCUGGCCUUAUUUGGGCCUUCCAAAAGAAACCCAUUUCAAGGAGGCAACACCCAUUUGAAGGGAGAGGUUGAUUUCUUGGGGGGUUUCUUGUGGAAGCAUAGUAAUGAUGAUGGGGGUCUUCAGAAUUGUGAGGCUCUUAGUAGAGCUGGAAUUAGAACUGGAGUUGAUUGUAGGUUGAGUUUCGAAACUGCAGUGAGGGAGAGUGAUGCUCUUGUGUGUGAGUUUUUGGCCGGGCAGAAGCACAGGAGUGAUGUUUGUGAUGUUUCAGAAAGUGCCGUUUAUCUAGCUAAGGUGUGUUAUACGGCAAAUGUGAGCAAUUGGUUGUCCUGCCUUGCUAUUCCAGUGGGAUCUCGGUGCAGGGAUGUUGCGGUUCUUACUAGUCCUUCUCAUCAGGGAAAGGGCCUAACUGAUCGAUCGUCAUUCGGACCACCUUUGCUAAAUGAGCAUAAUGGCAGUGCAAUUGGCAUAACGGUGAAAAAUGCAAAUGUAGUUGUUGCUUCAUUGGCGCAGUCUGUAUCAGGACUUGGAAUGCAAGUAGGUUUAGGUGGGCACUGCUUUAGCACUUUUGCGCAAAUUGUCUGCCAACUUCCUGGAAACACCAAACUCUCGCUUCUUGGUCUUCAACAAAUGCCCAAAUCAUCAAGUGAAUGUGUCAAUCACAAAGCUCUUUCCGUCUCAUCAGCCACUUCGGAACACUAUGCAUCCCGUUCGACAAUGGUUGAAGCAUCAGCUCCACCAUUAAGAAAAAACUCACAAGGAUACGUAUCAGCAACUGGAUCCAUUGCGCUGAUGUUAGAAUCUGAAGUUGAUGAGACGACAAAGAUCGGGGGUUGGGUUGAGAUGAAAAAAUCAAAUCCCAGGCAUGUAGAAUGGGCCGUUUCUGUGUCUGAUGACUCUGAAGAUUCAGUUGGAUGGGGAAUGAGUUUAAAUGGGAUGCUUGGAGGUCCAAAUAGCUGUGACCAUUUUCAGAUCGAAUCCUACUUGAAGUUUAACUUGAGUGAGAGAUUCAGUGUAAAGCCUGGUGUUGUACAUAUAAUGGAUGGCAAUACCAAAAUGACUGCCCUUAUGCUAAGGUCUAAUUGGUCUCUCUGAUUGCCAACAAAUGAUGAGAGCUCUGUCGAGCCUAAGCUCCACUUUUAGAAUAGUUAGUGUACUCGGUUCCCCCUAUAACUAGUUCUUAUAUUUUCUUAG